UGUUUCUGAUGGCAGUGUGUUGCUGAGCAGCAGCCAGUCGUGUUUUUCCCCUCACUGAGCUCACUCUCUCUCUCAUCCUCUGCUCCGGCUCUCAAACGCUCUGUUGCUCAGUGAACAGACUAGACCUCUCCACUUCUUCUUCUCUUCUGCUACCCCUUAACUCUGCUCUAUCCUCUUCUUUUAUCUGUUUCUUCCUCACAUUUCUUCUUCAUCCCUGCCUGCCCCCCUGCCCACUAGCACUACCACCUUGGUGCCAGGGGCAUUAGUGGGGGUCCCGGCGUGUCUUUUUGACUGUGUGUGUGUGUGUGCGUGUGUGUUUAUGUGAGAGUGUGCCGGUACUGUUUUCAGCAUGGAAGCGGUGGCAUUGUACACGUUUCGUGCCACAGAGGGUGAUGAGCUCAGUUUCAACAAGGGAGACUUGCUCAAGAUCACCAACAUGGAGGAUGAUCCUAACUGGUACACGGCCGAACUCCACAACCGAAAAGGGUUCGUGCCGAAAAACUACAUCAACCUGCGUCCACACGCCUGGUUCGCCGGUCGCAUAUCUCGCGGCGUGGCAGAAAGUCGACUCAGAAACAGAGAGUGCGGCGCCUUCCUGGUCAGAGAGAGCGAGAGUGCUCCUGGGGAGUUUUCCAUGUCUGUCAGUUAUGGGGAUCAUGUUCAGCAUUUCAAGGUACUGCAGGAUCGCUGUAGUCAGUACUACGUGUGGGACGAGGCGUUCUCCUCUCUGAACGAGCUGGUGGACUUCUACCACAGCAACAGCAUCGCCAAGGAGAGGACGGUCUUUCUGAGAGACCCCGAGCACUUCGCCAGGCGUUCCCAUCAUGCCCAAGCUGUCUUCGACUUCACCCCGCACCACCCGUCCCAGCUACGCUUCCUGCGUGGUGAUGUCAUUGAACUCAUUGACUGCUCUGAUUCGGUGCGCUGGAGGGGCCGUUGCCAUGGACGCGUGGGCUACUUCCCUCCAGAGUACGUCCAGCCCAUUUAUCACUGCCAGUGACCUGACCUCGUGUCAAACAAGCGCACGGCCAUUCCUUCGGGUUCACCGACGAGCCAUCCUGAAAGACACUCACGCUGCUCCCCCGCUCUGCACUCGCCCGUCAACUUCCUGGAGCAAACGACGGAGCUACCACUGAACGACCCGUUCCCUAAACUGAUUCCUCCCAAUGCCCCCUGUGAUGUCGCCCUUUAAAUCAGCCUUUGCUGCAGGCUCAUCUGAUCAUCUGAUCCUGAAGACUCCACUUUCUCCUCCGAUCCAGACAUGGACCUUUACACUGUGGAGAACUCUCACAUAUAUUCAAAGUCAUACAUACUCCCAGUUAUAAUCAUUUAUUACAGCUUACCAUCUCUUUUAGAAAAGUAACACACAUAAACACUAAACUGAGGGGAAAAGUGUGUGGCCCAUGAAAACUCCUGAAGGAAGGGCAGGCUUGCUCUCUGGCUCAUUUACUCCAGUAUUUUGCCAUCCUUUUCACCGGGAGCUGGACAGAAAGACACAGAAAGUCAUUGUGAGUGUGAACACUUAGAGGAUACUGACACAGCAGAUUCCUCUGUCACUGAGCUGGUGUGUGUGUGUGUGUGGGGGGGGUGUCUGUACAGAUGUAAAGCUGCAGUCUUUACAUACAUAUAUGCAUGUUGUGUGACGAUGAGGGAGUGAGAAGUGUGUUGAUUGUGUUGAUUGUAUCUGUGUGCGCGUAUAUAUGUGUGUGUGCGUGUGUGUGUUUGAGCGUGCUCAGUGGACCAGUGAAAGGAGUCACUGUGUUACAGUGUGACAGUAAGACGAACACUGCCCCGACAUCGCUUUGUUAAUACAAAAAAAGAAGAAAAACGCGCUGCUUAAAAUGUAACAUGCUCAACUCAAUUUACUGAUCAAUCAUUUGUUCUUGAGUAUUUAUUCUUAUCCACGUGUGAUCUUAAAAUACAUAUACUGCAAGUGAAUUUAAACAUUGUAUACAUGUUUUGCUUCUGUUGAAACUGUUGCAGUUGCUUAAGAGGAACAAACUUCAUGUGACUGACAGCAAGAACUUGGAUCGGUCUUCCUUAUCCUGUAACAAAAUCAUUGAAAUAAAGUGAUACAUUCACA